GCGGCCGGUGCUGAGGCUCAGUUCCCGGGAUCACUUCUUCACUUUGAGUCGGUCCUCUCCGGUGCCCCGGUCCUCUGCUCGAGAGCGGCCGGUCCAAGCGGAGUCGAGAUGCCGCUGCUCCACAGGAAAGCCUUCGUCCGACAGAGACCCCCCGCGGACCUGCGGCCGGAGGAGGAGGUGUUCCUCUGCAAGAUCACACACGAAGUCUUCCGGAGCUACGAUGACUUCUUCGAGAGGACCAUCCUGUGUAACUCUCUGGUGUGGAGCUGUGCUCUGACGGGGCGAGCGAGCCUCACGUACCUGGAGGCGGUGGAGAGCGAGCGGCGAGCGAAGCUGAGCCUGCAGAGCUUCCCUCAGUGUCUGGUGCUGCCGCUGCUCCACCUGGCGGCGCUGAGCCGACACGGCCGGCUGACGGAGCUCUGCGAGGACGUCUACAGCUUCGCCAAAGACCGCUUCUUCCCGGGAGAGACGGUGGACGUGGCCGGACGCAACGGGGCCAGACAUGCGUGUGAGAUCCUGCAGGUUCAUUCUCCUCACUCCAGUGCCGAUGGCGCACCGACCACUAACGGCCACAAGGAGCCUGAUGACGCCAUCGUCAUCAGCGACAGCGACGAGGACAGAAACGUCUUCCAGAGUCCCUCAGCUCAGGUCAACGGCAGGAAGAGGAAGAAGCCUCUGAGUCCGUCGGCGUUCAGGUACACGGUGAGGAUGAUGAAGGACGAGCACAGCGAGCCGUUCACCGUCAAGGUCAAUCAGAUCAGUCGCAGGAAGACGAGUCUGUCCAAAGAGAGACUGAAGCUGCUCCUCAAGCAACACUGUGUCCCUCACAACGGGACCAUCGCUCUCAAGCCCUCCACAGUGAUGAAGUUCCAGCUGUCGGAACAAACCUUCUCUCAGUUCUUCCCUGACGAGCCCCCCCGGUUCCCCUUCAGCCCCCCCUCUAAAGGUGGAGGGCGUGGUCAGAUGAGUCCGGCUCUGGGGAAGGUGACCGAGGAGAAGCUGAAGCUGCUGCAGCAGAGGAAGGAGAUGGCUGCCACGGCCACAGACAGAGCUCGACUGAAGAAGGAGAAGGAGGAGGUGCAGGAGGCCAAGAGGAGGGAGAAGGAGGACAAGGAGAAGAUGAAGGAGGAGCAGAGGAAGAGGUUUGAGGAGGAGAAGCAGAGGAGGAGGGAGGAGAAUGAGCAUAGAAAGCAGGAGAAGGAGAAGGAACGAGAGAAGCUGAAAGAGGAGAAGAAGAAAUACGCUGAGCGACUGAAGAUUUGGAACAAACCCAGAGAAGACCUGGAGUGUGAAGACCUGAAGGAGCUUCCAAGUCCGGAUCCAGUGAGAACCCGUCUCCCCUCGGUCCUCUUUGGAGAAGCUCUGAUGAUCCUGGAGUUCCUGCGAGCCUUCGGGGAAGUCUUUGACCUGAAGGACGAGUUCCCCGAUGGAAUCUCUCUAGAGGUUCUGGAGGAGGCUCUGGUGGGUUCUGACCCUGAAGGUCCUCUGUGUGAGCUGCUGUUCUUCUUCCUGUCGGCCAUCUUCCAGGCUCUGGACGAGGAGCAGGAGGAGGUGACCAAGGACCAGGCUGAAGAUCUGUCGGAGGCCCUGGACGAUGACUCUGACCCGACUCAGUCAGUGAUGAGCGCCGUGGCCUCCUUGGCGGGGGCGUGGCCUCAGCUUCACCACGGCUGCAGCCUGAAGCAGCUCGACCUGGACAGCUGCACGCUGUCGGAGAUCCUGCGGCUGCACAUCCUGGCGUCCGGCGCCGACUGUAACCACGUCAACGCUAAGCUGCGCUACCAGAAGCAGGGCGGCUUCACGCUGAUGGACGACCCGUGUGUCGAGCUGCGAUUGGCUGAGCCGACGCUGCUGAAGCGUCUGUCCUGCACCGCCGUGUACGACCUGACUCCAGGGGAGAAGCUGAGGAUCCUUCAGGCUCUGGUGGGGAAGCUGCUGACGUUGGCGUCCAGCAGAGAUGUGAUUGAAGACUGUGUGGAGGAUCAGAGAGGAGCUCGACAGGAACUGAGAGAAAUCCGAGCUGAGCAGCACCGCAGAGAGAGAGAGGAGGCUGCACACAGGGUUCGUCUUCGUAAAGAGGAGAAGCUGAGGGAGCAGGAGCAGAGGCUGAAGGAGAAGGAGGAGAAGCUGAGGGAGCAGGAGCUGAAGGGAGGACCACAGACCAGCAGUGAGAAGCAACACACUGAGGAUGACGAGGAGCAAAAGCCUUCAUCCAACAAGAAGACAAAAGCUAAAGACGACCAGAGAGAAAGACACCAGAUGACCUCUGACCCCAAACCCCCGGCCUGCCCCCCCACCAGCCUGGCAGCAGAGGAGCUGGAGAAGGAGCAGGAGAAGGUUCGAGAGCUGCAGGGGCGGAUCCUGAAGGCGGCCGCCCGCACCUGCCUGCCGCCGCUGGGCCGAGACCGGCUCUACCGCCGCUACUGGCUGGUCCCCUCGGCCGCGGCUCUGUUCGUGGAGGACGACGCCUUCGGCCUGACGGAGGACAUGCUGCAGCCGCAGCCCAAACCGGAGAUGGAGGAGGACACCACCAAGAUGGAGGAGGACACCACCAAGAUGGAGGAGGACGUCACAGAAGAACCAGCCGAGGGACGCACCGGCUCAAGCCCCGCCCCCGGCCACACCUGCAGCCCGCCAAUCAACCGUCCCAUCGAGUGGUCGUUCUACAGCUCGGUGGAGGAGGUGGAUCAGCUGAUCGACGCCCUGAACCCCCGAGGUCACAGGGAGGGCGGCCUGAAGGAGGCGCUGCUGCAGGAGAGAGAGAGACUGCACCAGCUGCUGCAGAGCUGUGACCGGAGCAAAUACACACACACAGAUGACCCUGAGUCGUCCACAUCUGUCCCAGAAUGCACUGCUGCAGCGGAGACUCUGAUGGAGGCUCGGCUGAGGGACCUGCUGCUGGACAUCGAGGACCGGAUCCACCAGGGGACUCUGGGAACUCUGAAGGUGAUGGACAGACGGGCGUGGCGCUCGGCGUUGGAAGCAGGAAACUAUGACCUGCUCUGUGCUGACAGCAGAGAGAACAAUGGAGUGACGGAGCGGGUGGAGGUCAUGGAGGUCAACCAGCAGAGAGGCAGAGACAGGCUGCAGGAGCUGAAGUCGGACGGCGUGGCGGCGGCGUGUGGGACCAGCGGCAGCGGGACCCCUCAGGUCGUCAGCAGCUCCAUCCGGAUCCUGGCUGCGGCUCUGGUUCACGUUGAGCAAGGCAUCGAGAGACGCUUCAUCAAAUCUCCUCUGGGUGAGGAGGACUCAAAGAAAGACCAGAAGAUGAAGAAGAACAAGAAGAAAGACGAGGAUCAGGCCAGUGAGGACGGCAGUGACAGUGGGCGGGUGGUGAAGACGGUGUUGGAGCGCUGGAGGGAGUCUCUUCAGUCCUGCUCCAGUUUGUCUCAGGUGUUCGUCCACCUGUCCAGUCUGGAGAGGAGUGUCCUCUGGUCUCGCUCCGUCCUCAACGCUCGCUGUCGCAUCUGCAGACGCAAAGGAGACGCGGACAACAUGCUGCUGUGUGACGGCUGCGACCGAGGUCACCACACCCACUGCCUGAGGCCCCGCCUCAAGACGGUUCCCGAGGGCGACUGGUUCUGUCCCGACUGUCGACCCAAACAGAGAUCCAGCCGGGUCCCGUCCCGCCAGCGCUCCUCCGUGGACGAGGAGGAGGAGGUCGAGGAGGAGGAGGAGGAGCAAGAGACUGAGGAGGAAGAGGAGGAGUCAGAAGAGGAGGAGGAGUCGGAGGAUGAGACGGAGGAGUCAGCGGAUGAAGAAGUUGUAGUGAGCAGCACCAAGAGGAGUCAGGCCCCGCCCCCUAAAGGCCGGAACCAACAGGCCACACCCAAAGGACAACAGACCACACCCAAAGGACAACAGACCACGCCCAGAAGCAGCACCAUCUCAGCAGGGAAACACUCCUCCGCCUCCAGGUCCUCGGGCAAAAAGGCCACACCCCCUAUAUCCAAACCCAACGUGGCGUCCGGCAGCAAAGCCCCCCCUCGCUCCGGGAGCCGGAUCAGCGCCCGUCUGAGCCAAGAGAUCCUGGCGCCAAACGGCAACGCAAAACCUUCACCGGGUCCGAGCGAGCGCCGCAGGAAGCCGACAGACACUGCCCCCCCGAAGCCCUCCAGACCCGUCCUGACUCCUCCCUCCAGCGCCCCCCCCUCCUCCUCCAGCCGCCGCUCCUCCGGGAGGAACCACGGCGUCCACGAGCUGUCGGCCUGCGAGCUGCUGACGGUGGAUCUGGUGAGACACGAAGACAGCUGGCCCUUCAAGAAGCUGGUGUCCAGGACCCAGGUACCUGACUACUAUGACAUCAUCAAGAAGCCGAUCGCCCUCAGCAUCAUCAGAGAGAGAGUCAACAACUGUGAAUAUCAGGCAGCAGGUGACUUCAUCUCCGACGUGGAGCUGAUGUUCUCCAACUGUCUCCAGUACAACCCGCGCCACACCAACGAGGCCAAGGCCGGCACCCGCCUGCAGCAGUUCUUCCACUCGGAGCUCGGCCGGCUCGGUCUGACUGAGCAAGGCUCCGCCCCGCCCGCCAAGCGGUCCCGACACUGAACCAAGCGCUCCCUCUGACCUCACCGCCGUACUCGUUCUGAUUGGUCCAUGGAGGGGGGCGGGAUUUAGAAGCUGCAGGUGUUUCCAUCCUGACGUACUAACAAGGCGUUGAUAUUAUUGUUGACAUAAUCGCACCUUCGUGACCUCUGACCCCAGAGCACCCGCAGGCCACAGUGUCUGGAAGGAGUCUGAAGGGGUCAGAGGUCACGAAGUUCCACAUUUAAAAGGAACCAAACAUUAAAUUAAUGUUACAACCACAAGCUUGUGUCGAUUCAAGCUCACCUGAGAGGGGCGUGUUCUGUAAGCUCCGCCCUCUCGCCGCUUGAUAAACUUGUAGAUUUCCUCCGACCUGCUGGCGUCUGUGAGGACGGACGAGGACGAGCAGGGACAUUCCUGUGGUGCUGUAGGACCGUAGAGAGAGAGAGAGAGAGAGAGAGAGUAGAGUCCCAGAAAAGCAAAAACCACUUAAUGAACGUAAGCUUUGCACUGACAGUGAAACGCUUCAGGAUAUUUGUGUUGCUCAGGGACAAAGUGUUUGAUGUGAGGAUUAUUUUGUGAUAGUUCAGAAGUUUCCACGCCGCGGCGGCGGCUUCAGGCUCGUUAGAGACGUCCACGUGUCUCUGGAUCCAGGGAGACGCUUGUUUGAUGUGGUUCAUCAACUGUGACGCUUUCAUUUUAAAAUCCAAUCACAUGAUGUCUGAAAAAAGUUCAAUAUUUCCAAGAUUGUAAAAUCUUCAGUGACGUCAACAAAGCAUGUAAACGACUGCAGGUGUUUCAAAAUGGCCGACACUGACGUAAAUUAACCUUUAUAGAUUAAAAUCUUUACAUUUUGACGCUUUCAUGACGAGCGAUUUGAAUUCAGACAGAAUUUAUAUUUAAGAAACCGUAAAACUCGAAAAUCCAUUUCACUUUGUUUAAUUUCAUCUUGAUUUUGACUGAAAUCCUUUAUUUUGAAGGUUUGGGUCGAACCAGUCGUCUUAUUGGAGGAAAUUAAAAUUGGAUUUUAAAAGCUUCAGUCACAGUUUGAUGCCGAUGAUCUUUGACCUUUGACCUGAGUCGCCGUGGCCUCUGUGGAUUUGUUGUUUUUGUAUUUUGAAUUUAGUCGUUUCUUUGGCUGCAUUUCUUUAGUUUAUUUCCUUCCUGUUGUGUCUGGAGGUGGGGGGGGUCAGUCUGUAAAACUACACUGGAGCCCCUGCAGCGCCCCCUACCUCUGUAUUUAUUUAGUCUCUGCGUUGUCUUUAUUUAUGACUGAUCGAUGCUCAGCCUCCGGAUGAUCUCUCACCUGUUUGAUGUUCUAAUGUAAAAAUAAAUGGACUUUUUAUAACCA